AUGGUUACUAGAGGGGGAUCCAAACCAUCUUACUUGCUAGUUGCAGAUGAUAUUUUCAUAUUUUGUAAUGGAAAUAAAAAUUCUUUGGAGAAUUUGAUGAAACUUCUGAUGCAUUAUCAAGAAUCUUCUGGUCAAAUUGUAAAUAGAAGGAAAAGUAAGUGUUUUGUGGGAGGAGUUUCUGAGCUUAGAAGAAGAAAAAUAGUUGGCAGAAUGCAGAUGGACUUAUCUGAAUUUCUUGACAAAUAUCUGGGAAUAAUUCUUAAUCCUGGAAGAGUUAAAACUUCCCAAGUAUGGGGUAUGGUGGAACUGUUACAACAGUUACUGAAGUUGUUAUCAAAGAGUGUGAAAAAAAUAAUUAGAAACUUCUUAUGGUCAAGUGAUCCAGCAGUGAAGAAAUUGAUCACAGUAAAAUGGGAUGAGGUUUGUGCACCAUUUGAGGAGGGUGGAUUGGGUUUCAGAAGAUUGGAAGUUAUCAAUAAAGCACUCUUAAUGGAACUUCUUUGGAAAAUAGAGAAUGAGCAUGAGGAAUGGACUGAUUUCAUGAGAGAUAAGUAUAAACAUAAGAAUGGUGAAUGGAUCACUUCUUAUAGACAAUCAUCCACUUGGCCUGGUCUUAAAUGGGUCAUGCAUCAUAUAAAUGAGGGUAGUAGAUGGCUAGUAGGUGAUGGCAGGGACAUAUCAGUUUGGAGAGAUAAAUGGGUUAAGAAUCUGCACUCAUAG